UAUAAUAUUAUCAAUCUGUAUAAACAUUGAUUGAAAACUACUGAAGUAUGUGGAACGUGACUUCCUAGAAAUCCACACACUUGCAGCAGGCCUCAAUAGGGCCGUUGGAUACUCUCUUUAGGUACUAUUUACUCUUGAUAGUAUGUACACAACCAAGAAUUUUAAUCUGAAUCAUAAAUGAUUUUCAGUCAUGACUCAGCCUGACACAUCCUGUAUCAGGGGUUAUGAGUAGCUUGCACGGCAAUCAGCCUAGCAUAUAUGAUAUGAUUGUGAUAAUCAGCCACAAUGCAACCAUAGCAUAUGGUACUAGUUCAGCCAGAGCAACAGGCAAUGAUGCCUGCCUGGGCUGUAUUAAAAUAGGUUAUUUUCGUGGUUCUUUAGUUUCUUGGCACUUUAUUUUUGUGGUUGUGGGGCUUACCAAGAAAUUUAACUAUCCCCUUAUAAACUGUCAAUCACGGCAAACCACUAAAUAUUCGAAUCAUGAAAAUAACCCGCUAUAUGGUAGCAAUCAGACUUGCCUGUAUCAGUGAUGAUAAUUCUUAACAGUGUACUACUAUAACCACUUGGAUAAGCCUGUGGUUAAUAGUACAGUUGUAAUUUGUUUGUGAAGUGAGCUGUAAAGGUUGGGACACUGAGCAUUUAGCAAUUAAUAUUAUUAACAAGCCCCCCCCCCCCAUGUUGUGGAAUAGAUGUACAGAGAUGAAUGGGCAAAAGGCACUCUUUCUUUAUUUUCUCCAAAAAAACUAUGCAAAAUUGCAGUAUGGUAAGUAGAAUUAUACAUCAAAUGUCCAGUGAACAUUUGUGUGUAAAUCAGUACUUGCAUUUAAAAGUGAAAUUAGAAAAGCCACUUUUUCUGAUUCAGAUAUGUACAUCUAUCCUACAACAUGGUAGCUCAGAUAUUCAAAUGUUCAGUGGUGGAAAGGUUAAUGAUAAUGGGAAGAUGGGACUUUACUUGUACUACUGCACAUGCUUAAUAGAAUGAUGCAUGCAUACUGGUAAUUAUUGGGCGAGCUAAACAGAACGUAAACUCAAGCCCUGCUAAUAAGUAUUGUAAUAAGUCAGAAAUUAGAUUACUAGACAAAUUAAUGGGUGCACAGGAGAGAGAUACAAUUGGAAAGGAGUGACCAGAGUGGUGCAUCUUUCUGCAGCCAAGGAUAUUGCAUUCACCUUGUUUGAAUUUGCUUUUGUAGGCAUGUCUACAAUGAAGCAUAUCUUGACGAGUGAAGGAACUUCAUCAGACAUUCAUCUGCUUGUGGUGGGAAAAACCGGCCAGGGGAAGUCAACUUUUAUUAACAGUUUGAUAGACUUACAAAAAGAGAUUGCAAAAGAGGGAGCGGAGACAGACAGGUGUACCGAAUCAUGUCACUCUUACGUUCAUUCUGAGCUGAUACCAGGUGUCAAAGUGAGGGUUAUAGACUCACCUGGUUUACAGGACAUACAUAAUGAUGAGCAGCUGUACAUUAAAAAAAUAAAGGCUCACUGUCAUGAGGUUAACCUUGUGCUCUACUGCAUGAGGAUGAUUGAUCAUAAGAUUUCAAAUGAUGACAAGUGUGCUGUACGUAAACUGCAUCAGGCAUUUGGUCCCAGUUUUUUUAAGAGAGUUCUAAUUGUGCUCACUUUUGCAAACAAAGAAAAAUGUGAUAAGAAGGAUAGCCGAGAUGAUGACGAUCCUGAGCCUCCAUUUGAAGACACAGAAGCAUGGGUGGAAUUAAUAAAAAAGAGGUUUGUUAAAAGAUUGCAACGACGUGCAGUUCGUAUCAAUGAUUUUUUAAAAAAGCAUUUUGGUAUUGAUGAUUUGGUGGUUCAGGUUGUACCAGCUGGCUAUUAUAAGCCAACGUUUUCUGAUCAUUACCCAAUGAAGCUACCUGAUCGAGAGAACUGGUUACACGACUUGAUAAAAUUCGCUCAUUCACAAAUCAAGGAAAAACAUAAUUUUAGCUUGUGGAACUUAAAUGAUAAGAUUCAUUUGGCUAUCAUUAUUGAUAAUCAUGGUGAAGUUAAAGUUGAAAAGGAUGGGACUAAGACGAUUAACGAUAAUGCUUAUCAAAUCAAAGAAACCCUUAACACCCUUGGGUUUUGUACCCUCUAUUUCAACUCGCUCAGUUCUCGAUCAAUCAACACUCUACUGGAAGUGCUUCAUCAGAUUGAUCACUCUCAGUUGGUCACAUUUGCUCUCAUUUUCCUUUGUAAGGGCAAGACCAGACACCUUUAUGAUUGCAACAAUGAACUAAUUGAUGCUGACAAAAUUUUUGGGUGCCUCCAAGAUGAUCAAUCUCCUUUUGCUCAAUUACCAAAAAUCUAUUACUUUCAUUUAGCCCAUGACCAGGAGCCCAAAGAGAAACUUCAGUUGUCCAGAAGAAUAGCAGUGUAGUUCUAGACACUGUUACAAAUAACCUGAAGGAGGGGGCCAGCAUACAAAAUUGCUUCAAGGAGAUUCAAAAAGAAUGUGACAGAAAUGAUAUGAAGGUU